GGCGCGUCACCGGCGAGGCGUUGAUGCACCGACCGCCACCCUUCCCGAUGGAUAUAUAAGCUUGAGUGCCAACACCGCAUAUAUAUUACAUCCCAUCUCAAAAGCAUUCUUGCGCUCUGAUAUAGAAAUUGUCAUUCCCGAACCAGACGUUUCAACACAUAAUCGGCGACGUCAAGCUAUCAGUAGCCCUUGUCGGUAGCCCCUGCACGUAGCCCUUUUCAUAAGCCUUCGCACCGCUUCGUGCCUCUGUCAAUUCUCUGCUCACGUUCACUGCUGUCGGCAUGGCGUCGCUGUACGAGGCCGUGGAGCUUCCCACAAUUUCCGGCCAGGUCGGAAGAUGCGUCCCGCAAAACGGCACCGACCUCACGCCUGAACUCACGGUCGCGUCCCUGUUGACAGCUGCCCUCGAGAGCUUCGUGCCGGAGUCUGUUGGCCGUGCCUAUCACGCUGUGCGUGCGUGUACGCUUGGGCGGACUCCCCUCAGCAAUGUCGUGUGGCUGCACCAGCUGGAGGCCGCAAACGGCUGCACCCUGGUGCUCGACCGGCACGGCCUCACCGCCCGCGGCGGCCUCCUCCCUGAUGACCACCUGUUCAAGUUCAUGGCACGCAAUGGACUGAUCAAGGACAACCGCGUCAUCUGGGCGCCCGAAUACCCGCUGCUGCCGAGCGCGCCCCUGCGGCCUGCCGCCGCCGCCGCCCCCACCACUGAGAUGGCUGCCGUGGCCGCUGCUGGCGCACAGCAGCAGCCCAGCUGCGCCGCCACAGUGCUGAACGUGUACGCGCUGGCCACUGACGUGUGCGGCCACAAGGGCGUCGUGCACGGCGGCCUCAGCUCGGCGCUGCUGGACGAGAGCUUUGGGUACCUCCUCUAUCUGCUUGCGUCCACAGCGGCGGAGAAGGAAAGUAGGGCCCUGCGGCCAGAGCUGCCAUCCGCCGCGCUCAAGUCCGCCAUGACAGCACACCUAGAGGUCGACUUCGUUCGGCCGCUGCUGCCAGAGUCGGUCGUGGUGUGCGUGGCUCAGGUGGAGAAGGUGGAGGGGCGCAAGGUGUGGCUGCGCGCGGAGCUGCUGAGCCGCGCACCCACCGCUGCUGUGCCGGGCGAGGCGGCGCCGGUUGUGUACGCCCGCGGCCGCGCGCUGUUUGUAACGCCUCGUCACUAAGUCUUAAUGUAUACGUAUGUGGCAGUGCACAAUUGGUAAUGCAUGCGCAUCUGCAUUGUGAGGUGCCUUUCAUUUUGUGAGUCUAUCCGAGCAGGGCGUUUCCCUUGUGUACCUCGCUGGCUUGUGCAUGGAACAAUAUAAUUGUUCUCUGAGGGAGACGUGGAAGUUUGGCGCCUAGCCUUAUGGUAGGGUUGAAGGUCAUCUAGGUGACCCACCACUUUACCCGUGCCUUUACCAUCGCCCAGUCGCCGUACCUACCGCGUCAGCAUAAGACUGGGGGGGAGCACUUUUGGGUUGAAAGCGCCUUUCUUGAUGCGCGCAUGUACGGUAGGGAGUACAAAGGAAGGGAAGGUGUGCAAGAUUUAUGUGUCAUUCUUUUGAGGGUCGAUCUAGGUGCAGGGACGGGCAACGCUGGUAUUGCAAAUAGUUUUCUGUGUACUGGGCAGUACUGGGUAGCCUGUGGCUUUCCAUUAGAACGUACACAGCUGCCUUUUGUGAUUGACCGUGGUGAUUGACCUUCGCGGCCGUCACUUGUGAGGAACGAGCGCAUAGCAUGUGUGGCAUGACUACAGUGGGAUUAAGGAGCUGCAUGCGCAUUGCGCACACGACUUACAGGGUCAGCAUGGUGUAACAUGGAUCCAGCGGUCCUAUCUAGAGGUCACACGGAGUUGCAGAACACCAAGUUGCAGCACACACGCACGUACAUCAGGGAGACAAGCGCACAUACUGCCAGUCCCGUAUGGUAGCUGGCCUGCUUUGUUGCUGGGCUACUGAACGCGGCUGCUUGGAUAGGUGGGUGUGCGUGGCGGUCGGUUAGCAGCUGUUUGUGUGCCCUGGACUGAGUGGGGCCCGAGACCCGUUCUGCAGCGUGGUGGCGCGUGUGCCCGCGCUUUGUCGCGCGCCUGCCAGGGGGGGGUAGGAACAAACUUUUUUGACCCCAUGCAACAAAACCUCCCGGA